AUGGAAGGCCAGGAUGCACCAGCACGUAAGGUGAUGGUGAUUGUGGACCCAACCCGUGAAUCAGCGGUAGCUCUUCAAUACGCUCUCUCACAUGCAGUGUUAGAAAAAGACACCCUAAUUCUAUUCCAUGUUGAAAACAGUAAUGUAUGGAAAAAUCCCUUUGGUUCAUUUUUUAGAAAGCACACCACGCAGUCGGCUGGCUCGGGAGGCACCGCCUCCUCAUCUUCGUUGGAAGCUAGUGGAGGAAUUAUGGAAUUUCUUGAAGCAAUGAAGCAUGCUUGUGAAAUUGCUCAUCCAAAGUUAAAGAUUCUUGUAAGGAAGGCAGACAUGGUGGAUGGAAAGGACAAGGCUUCCAUAAUUCUUGCACAAACCAUAGCUCAAAAAAUUGAUCUUCUUGUUAUUGGGCAGCGGAGGAGUCUAUCUAAUGCGAUAUUAGGGCAUAAACGAGGAUCACUAAGAGGGCUAGAUACAGCAGAAUAUUUGAUUGAGAACAGCAAAUGCACCUCUGUUGCAGUACAGAAGAAGGGUCAAAAUGCUGGAUAUCUUCUCAACACUAAAACACAAAAAAACUUCUGGCUCUUAGCAUAG